AUGACACCUGUAGGCACUCUGCCUGUUACCCCCACUGAAAGUACAACAGCAGCUGCCACUACUUUCCCAGGGACUUCAGCAACACAAACACCUUCCUCUGCUUAUACUGGGACAACUUCCACAACUUCCACAGCUCAGGGUAUGACCGAGUCUAAAAUCACAACCACUCUGACAACGCAGGCUCUCACCCCUACCCAAGGGACAUCUGUAGCAGCCACUUCUUCGUCAGGGACCACAGGAACAGCUACACAUUCACCUAGCUCCACCUCAACAACCCUCACAGCUCAGAGUACCACUGAGUCUGACAGCAUCCCAACUCUGAGAACCCAACCUGUUACCCCUACUGCAAGUACAACAGGAGCUUACACUACUCCCCCAGAGACUUCACCAACAGCCACACCUUCCUCCGCUUACAAUACGACAACUUCCACAGCUCAGAGCAUGACCGGCACUGAAAUUACAACCACUCUGACAACCCAGACUCUGAACCCUACCCAAGGAACAUCUGUAGCAGCCACUACUUCCUCAGGGACCACAGCAACAGCUACACCUUCCCCUGGCUCCACCUCGACUAGCCUCACAGCUGAGACUACUACUGAGUCUGAAAGCACAGUAACUGUGAACACCCAAGCUGUCACCCUUCCAGAAAGUACAACACCAGCUGCCACUACUGCCCCAGGGCCCUCAACAACGGCCACACCUUCUCAAGACUUCUCCUCAAACAGCCCCACAUCUCAGAGUACCACCGACUCUGACAGCACGACAACUGUGAGAACCCAGGCUGUCACCCUUCCAGAAAGUACAACAGCAGCUGCCAAUACUUCCCCAGGAAUUUCACCAACAACCACACCUUCCUCUGGUUACAUGGAGACAACUUCCACAGCUCAGAGCAUGACCGGGUCUGAAAUCACAACCUCUCUGACAACCCAGGCUCUCACCCCUACCCAAGGAACAUCUGUGGGAGCCACUACUUCCUCAGGGACCACAGCAACAGCUACACCUUCGCCGGGCUCCAUAUUGACUACCUUCACAGCUCAGAGUAACACAGAGUCUGAAAGCACAACUCUGACCACCCAGGCUGUGACCCUUUCCGAAAGCACAACAUCAGCUGCCACUACUUUAACAGGGACUUCAACAACAGCCACACCUUCAUCUGCUAACACUGGGACAACUUCCACAGCUCAGAGUACCACGGUAUCAGAAAGCAUAACCACUCAGACAACCCAGGCUCUGACCUCUACCCAAGGGACAUCUGUGGGAGCAACUACUUCCUCAGAGACCACAGCAACAGCUACACCUUCCCCUGGCUCCACCUCGACUACCCUCACAAUUCACAGUACCACACAGUCUGAAAGCACAACAACUGGGACCACCCAGGGUGUCACCACUACGAAAAGAACAACAGCAACUGCCACGACUUUAUCGGGAACCUCACCAAUGACCUCACCUUCCCCAAGCUUCUCUACAAACAGCCCCACAACCCAGAGUACCACCCACUCUGACAGCAUGACACCUGUAGGCACUCUGCCUGUUACCCCCACUGAAAGUACAACAGCAGCUGCCACUACUUUCCCAGGGACUUCAGCAACACAAACACCUUCCUCUGCUUACACUGGGACAACUUCCACAGCUCAGAGCAUGACCGGGUCUGAAAUCACAACCUCUCUGACAACCCAGGCUCUGAGUCCUACCCAAGGGACAUCUGUAGCAGCCACUUCUUCCUCAGGGACCACAGGAACAGCUACACAUUCACCUAGCUCCACCUCAACAACCCUCACAGCUCAGAGUACCACUGAGUCUGACAGCAUCCCAACUCUGAGAACGCAACCUGUUACCCCUACUGCAACCCAGGAUCUGACCCCUACCCAAGGGACAUCUGUAGCAGCCACUACUUCCUCAGGGACCACAGCAACAGCUAUACCGUCCCCUGGCUCCACCUCGACUAGCCUCACAGCUGAGACUACUACUGAGUCUGAAAGCACAGUAACUGUGAACACCCAAGCUGUCACCCUUCCAGAAAGUACAACACCAGCUGCCACUACUGCCCCAGGGCCCUCAACAACGGCCACACCUUCUCAAGACUUCUCCUCAAACAGCCCCACAUCUCAGAGUACCACCGACUCUGACAGCACGACAACUGUGAGAACCCAGGCUGUCACCCUUCCAGAAAGUACAACAGCAGCUGCCAAUACUUCCCCAGGAAUUUCACCAACAACCACACCUUCCUCUGGUUACAUGGAGACAACUUCCACAGCUCAGAGUACCACUGCAUCUGAAAGCAUAACCUCUCUGACAACCCAGGCUCUGAGCCCUACCCAAGGGACAUCUGUAGCAGCCUCUACUUCCUCAGCGACCAUACCAACAGGUACACAUUCCACUGGCUCCACCUCGACUACCCUCACAGCUCAGAGUACCACUGAAUCUGACAGCACGACAACUCUGAGAACUGAUCCUGUUACUACUUUCCCUGGGACUUUCUCAGCAGGCACACCGUCUCCUGGUUACACUCGGACUAGUCCUAGCUCUCACACUACCACCAAGUCUGAAAGGCCAAUCACUCUGACUACCCAAGCUCUCACCCCUACCCAAGGAACAUCUGUAGUAGCCUCUACUUCCUCAGGGACGACAGCAACAGUUACACCUUCCCCUGGCUCUUCCUCAACUAGCCUCACAGCUCAGGCUGCCACAGAGCCUGAAAGCACAAUAACUGUGAACACCCAGGCUGUCACCCUUCCAGAAAGUACAACAGCAGCUGCCAAUACUUCCCCAGGGACUUCACAAACGUCCACACCUUCCUCUGGUUACAUGGAGACAACUUCCACAGCUCAGAGUACCACUGAGUCUGACAGCACGCCAACUCUGAGAACGCAACCUGUUACCCCUACUGCAAGUACAGCAGGAGCUUACCCUACUCCCCCAGAGACUUCACCAACAGCCACACCUUCCUCCGCUUACAAUAAGACAACUUCGACAGCUCAGAGCAUGACCGGGUCUGAAAUCACAACCUCUCUGACAACCCUAGCUCUCACCCCUACCCAAAGCACAUCUGUGGGAGCCACUACUUCCUCAGGGACCACAGCAACAGCUACACCUUCCCCGGGCUCCAUAUUGACUACCUUCACAGCUCAGAGUAACACAGAGUCUGAAAGCACAACUCUGACCACCCAGGCUAUGACCCUUUCCGAAAGCACAACAUCAGCUGCCACUACUUUAACAGGGACUUCAACAACAGCCACACCUUCAUCUGCUAACACUGGGACAACUACCACAGCUCAGAGUACCACGGUAUCAAAAAGCAUAACCACUCAGACAACCCAGGCUCUGACUUCUACCCAAAGGACCUCUGUGGGAGCCUCUACUUCCUCAGAGACCACAGCAACGGCUACACCUUCCCCUGGCUCCACCUCGACUACCCUCACAGUUCACAGUACCACACAGUCUGAAAGCACAACAACUGGGACCACCCAGGGUGUCACCACUACGAAAAGAACAACAGCAACUGCCACGACUUUAUCGGGAACCUCACCAAGGACCUCACCUUCCCCAAGCUUCUCUACAAACAGCCCCACACCUCAGAGUACCACCCACUCUGACAGCAUGACACCUGUAAGCACCCUGCCUGUUACCCCCACUGAAAGUACAACAGCAGCUGCCACUACUUUCCCAGGGACUUCAGCAACACAAACACCUUCCUCUGCUUAUACUGGGACAACUUCCACAACUUCCACAGCUCAGGGUAUGACCGAGUCUAAAAUCACAACCACUCUGACAACGCAGGCUCUCACCCCUACCCAAGGGACAUCUGUAGCAGCCACUUCUUCCUCAGGGACCACAGGAACAGCUACACAUUCACCUAGCUCCACCUCAACAACCCUCACAGCUCAGAGUACCACUGAGUCUGACAGCAUUCCAACUCUGAGAACGCAACCUGUUACCCCUACUGCAAGUACAACAGGAGCUUACACUACUCCCCCAGAGACUUCACCAACAGCCACACCUUCCUCUGCUUACAAUAGGACAACUUUCACAGCUCAGAGCAUGACCGGGUCUGAAAUUACAACCACUCUGACAACCCAGACUCUGAACCCUACCCAAGGAACAUCUGUAGCAGCCACUACUUCCUCAGGGACCACAGCAACAGCUACACCUUCCCCUGGCUCCACCUCGACUAGCCUCACAGCUGAGACUACUACUGAGUCUGAAAGCACAGUAACUGUGAACACCCAAGCUGUCACCCUUCCAGAAAGUACAACACCAGCUGCCACUACUGCCCCAGGGCCCUCAACAACGGCCACACCUUCUCAAGACUUCUCCUCAAACAGCCCCACAUCUCAGAGUACCACCCACUCUGACAGCACGACAACUGUGAGAACCCAGGCUGUCACCCUUCCAGAAAGUACAACAGCAGCUGCCAAUACUUCCCCAGGGAUUUCACCAACAACCACACCUUCCUCUGGUUACAUGGAGACAACUUCCACAGCUCAGAGUACCACUGCAUCUGAAAGCAUAACCUCUAAGAUAACCCAGGCUCUGAGCCCUACCCAAGGGACAUCUGUAGCAGCCUCUACUUCCUCAGCGACCAUACCAACAGGUACACAUUCCACUGGCUCCACCUCGACUACCCUCACAGCUCAGAGUACCACUGAAUCUGACAGCACGACAACUCUGAGAACUGAUCCUGUUACUACUUUCCCUGGGACUUUCUCAGCAGGCACACCGUCUCCUGGUUACACUCGGACUAGUCCUAGCUCGCACAGUACCACCAAGUCUGAAAGGCCAAUCACUCUGACUACCCAAGCUCUCACCCCUACCCAAGGAACAUCUGUAGUAGCCUCUACUUCCUCAGGGACGACAGCAACAGCUACACCUUCCCCUGGCUCAACCUCAACUAGCCUCACAGCUCAGGCUGCCACAGAGCCUGAAAGCACAAUAACUGUGAACACCCAGGCUGUCACCCUUCCAGAAAGUACAACAGCAGCCGCCAAUACUUCCCCAGGGUCUUCACAAACGUCCACACCUUCCUCUGGUUACAUGGAGACUACUUCCACAGCUCAGAGUACCACUGCAUCUGAACGCAUAACCUCUCUGACAACCCAGGCUCUGAGCCCUACCCAAGGGACAUCUGUAGCAGCCACUACUUCCUCAGGGACCACAGCAACAGCUACACCUUCCCCUGGCUCCACCUGGACUAGCCUCACAGUUCACAGUACCACACAGUCUGAAAGCACAACAACUGGGACCACCCAGGGUGUCACCACUACGAAAAGAACAACAGCAACUGCCACGACUUUAUCGGAAACCUCACCAAUGACCUCACCUUCCCCAAGCUUCUCUACAAACAGCCGCACAACUCAGAGUACCACCCACUCUGACAGCAUGACACCUGUAAGCACCCAGUCUGUUACCCCCACUGAAAGUACAACAGCAGCUGCCACUACUUUCUUAGGGACUUCACCAACACAAACACCUUCCUCUGCUUACACUGGGACAACUUCCACAACUUCCACAGCUCAGGGUAUGACCGAGUCUGAAAUCACAACCACUCUGACAACCCAGGCUCUCACGCCUACCCAAGGGACGUCUGUAGCAUCCACUUCUUCCUCAGGGACCACAGCAACAGCUACACCUUCCCCUGGCUCCACCUCGACUAGCCUCACAGCUGAGACUACUACUGAGUCUGAAAGCACAGUAACUGUGAACACCCAAGCUGUCACCCUUCCAGAAAGUACAACACCAGCUGCCACUACUGCCCCAGGGCCCUCAACAACGGCCUCACCUUCCCAAGGCUUCUCCUCAAACAGCCCCACAACUCAGAGUACCACCAACUCUGACAGCACGACAACUGUGAGAACCCAGGCUGUCACCCUUCCAGAAAGUACAACAGCAGCUGCCAAUACUUCCCCAGGGAUUUCACCAACGUCCACACCUUCCUCUGGUUACAUGGAGACAACUUCCACCGCUCAGAGCAUGACCGGGUCUGAAAUUACAACCACUCUGACAACCCAGACUCUGACCCCUACCCAAGGAACAUCUGUGGGAGCCACUACUUCCUCAGAGACCACAGGAACAGCUACACCUUCCCCUGGCUCCACCUCGACUAGCCCCACAACUCAGAGUACCACCAACUCUGACAGCACGACAACUGUGAGCACCGAGCCGGUCACUGCUCUGGAAAGUACAACAGCAGCUGCCACUACUUCUCCAGGGACUUCACCAACAUCCACACCUUCUUCUCGUUACACGGAGACAACUUCCAGAGCUCAGAGUACCACUGUGUCUGAAAGCGUAACCACUCUGACAACCCAGUCUCUGACCCCUACCCAAAGGACAUCUGUAGCAGCCACUACUUCCUCAGGGACUACAGCAACAGCUGCACCUUCCCUUGGCUCCACCUCAAAUACCCUCACAUCUCAGAGUACCACCCACUAUGACCACAUGACAACUGUGAGAACCCAACCUGUUACCCCUACUGAAAGUACAACAGCAGAUGUCACUCCUUCCCUAGGGAAUUCAGCAACAGAAACACUUUCCUUUACUUACACUGGGACACAUUCCACAACUUCCACAACUCAGAGUAUUACUGAUUUGGAAAUCGCAACCACUCUGACAACCCAGGCUCUGACCCCAACCCAAGGGACAUCUGUAGCAGCCAGCACUUCAUCAGGGAGCGCAGGAAAAGCUACACCUUCCCGUAGCUCCACUUCGAGUAGCUUUACAGCUCAGAGUACCACAGAAUCUGAAAGUACAACAUCUGUGACCACUCAGGCUGUUACCCCUCCUCAAAGUACAACAGCAGCUGGCAGUAGUUCCCCGGGGACCUCAACAUUGGCCACACCUUCCCUCGGCUUCUCCUCAAACAGCCCUUUAUCUCAUAGUACAACCGAGCUUGACAAUACAACAACUGUGACCAACCAGCCUGUCACCCCUCCUGAAGGUGCAACACCAGCAGCCACUACUUCCCCAGGAACCUCAACAAUGGCCACACCUUCCCCAGGCUUCUCCUCAAACAGCCCCACAGCUAAGAACACCACUGAGUCUGAAAGCAUGAAAACUCUGACCACUGUUAUUGUCGCAGGAACCCAUGAUAUAUCUGCAGCAGUCACCACAGCAAAGGUGACACUUUCCGAUGCCUCCACCUCGACUAGUCCCACAGCUCAGAAUACCAUGGAGUCUGACAGCACAGCGACUGUGACAACACAGGCUUUCACCCCUAUCCAAGGGACAUCUGCAGCAGCCACUACUUCCCCAGAUACCACAGCAGUGGCCACAUCUACCACUGGUUCUACCUCGACCAGAUUCACAGCUCAGAGCACCACCAAGUAUGACAGCACAAGGACUCAGACCACUGAGGCUGUCACCCCUACCCAAGGCACAACAGCAGCACCAACAACUUCCCCUCAGACUACAGGAAUGGCCACUCCUUUUCCAGGUUCCAUUGGGACUAGCCCCAGAGCUCAGAGUACCACAGUGCCAUUCACUAUGACAACUGUGACUACACAGGCGGUUACCCCUACCAAGGAAACUUCAGCCGCAGCCACAACUUCCCCUGAUACCACAGCAUUAGCUACUCCUUCCCCAGGCUCUGUUCACACCAGCCCCACAGCUCAGAGCACUACUGAGCCUGGAAGCUCAAGACCUGGGACCACUGCGGCCGUCACAGCUACCCAAGGCACAACAGCCGUACCAACUACUUCACCUGUUACUACCACGUCAGCCACUCCUUUCCCAGGCUCCACUGGGACUAGCCCCACAGCUCAGAGUACCACAGUGCCUUUCACAGUGACAACUCUGACUACUCAGGCUCUUACCCCUACUCAAGAAACAACAGCUGCAGCCACAACUUCCCCUGGGACUGCAGUAUCGGCUACUCCUUCCCCAGGCUCUACCGGCACCAGCCCCACAACUCAGAGUACUACUGAGCCCAGCAGCUCAACAUCUGGGACCACUGAGCCUGUCAGCCCUACCCAGGGGACAACAGCAGCACCAACUACUUCCCCUGGGACUACAGCAACAGCCACUCCUUCCACAGGCCUUCCUGAGACCAGCCCCACACCUCAGAGUACCUCGGUGACCCGCAGCACGACGACUCUGACAACUCCGGCUGCCACCCCUACCCGAGGUACAACAGCAGCUGCCACUACUUCUCCAGUGACCACCCAACCAACUCCCACACCAUUGAUAUGCUUAAAUGGAGGUACUCCAUCGGGAGACUCCUGUCUCUGUGCCACUGGUUACAGUGGAGAUCAAUGCCAGGAGAAAGAAAUUGUGUGCGAGAAUGGGGGCACCUGGGAUGGAAUCAAAUGCAUCUGCCCUGUUCUCUACUAUGGCUCUAAGUGUGAAAUGGUUUCAGAAAGCCUUCCAAUAGAUGACCUCCUCUCUCCUCUUCUCAGAAACGGCAGCAUAGUGGUGGACUAUGAUGUGAUCCUGUCCACAAGUUACACCCCAGAUUACGUGACAGAAUUGCAGGAUAUUGCAAAGAAGGUAGAGGAAACAACUAGAAAAGUCACCAGUGAGCAAACAGGCACAGGAUGCCAAGACCCCACUGUUGGAGAGGAAGCCUUCAACAGAAAAGGCCUGCAACAAGAGGAGAUUUACUCUUGGUUUUCCUCUUUCACAGAACAAUUAUGUUUCAACCCCAGCAAGACAUCAGUGGAAGAGCUUGUAAUUCUGUACAAUCCUGAGGACACAUGCAAAGAAACUGCUGGAGCACUUGAGGAACUCUUCUACAUUGACUACCGGGAUGGAACACCGUACUGUAUUAACAGAUGUACACAGGGCUUCAACUCAUCACUGGACUGCAACCAGGGAACGUGUCAGUUCCAGCUGAGUGGGUCUCGCAUAGGGCCUCGAUGCUUGUGUUUGACCACAGAUACACACUGGUACUGGGGAGAAUACUGUAACCUCAGCACCAGUAAGAACCUGGUGUAUGGGUUAGUGGGAACAUUAGGGGCAGUGCUGGUGGUCACCAUUGUUGCCCUCUCUGUCUUCAUGUACAAGUCCCAGAGGAGGAUCCAAAGGCAGAAGGCCAGGCUGGAUCAAGUGUAUAAAUGGCAUGAAGAGGAUGGAGGACCAGCCCCUGGGAGCUUCCAGAAUACAGGCUUUGACAUCUGUGAAGGUACCACCAGCAGCCCUCCUUGGGUUCCUAGUGGCUGGAGGGAGGCAUUUGUGAGGAAUGUCAGAGGACUCUGA